AUGGAGUCCAUGCAGCGCCGCCCGUCGCAACGACAGAACAACGAACAGAACGCUCAAGAAACGCCCUCCCAAGAUGCCUCUUCCCUCCAAGAAUCUAGCGUGCUAGUCAACCACCCCAGUCCGGAAGCGCGACAGACGCCUCAGAUCCCAGACGAUAACGACUUGAAGAAGUGCUGGAUAUGCUUCUCUGACGAGAGUGAGGAUGGUCCGGAAACAUCAGUGUGGCGAGACCCAUGUCCAUGUGCUCUGGUAGCGCACGAGGCCUGUCUACUCGACUGGAUUGCCGACUUGGAGUCACCAACCACGCGCAAACGCACAAUAGGCCCGCCUGUCAUCGCCUGCCCACAAUGCAAAUCGAACAUCCAACUGUUACGCCCACGAGAUCCUGUAGUCGAGGUCGUCAGAACUUUGGAGAGGCUGGCAGCAAAGGCUGUGGCGCCCGCUGCCUUGACGGUAGCCUUUAGUGCCGUCGUCCAUGCCUGCGCCGUCCAUGGUCUAUACACAAUUACCUCCAUCUUCGGCCCACAAGACUCGAGGCGCAUCCUCCAGCCUUUGAUCAACGACAUCUGGACAGCAGCAAGACCCAUCGAUCAACUACGCAGUUUCAUGCAGCACUGGCGCCUACGCGUCGGCCUCCCUCUCAUCACCCCGCUUCUUAUCCUCUCACGCACCACUCUCGCCGACUCAAUCCUCCCCGUACUUCCCAUCGUCUUCUUUGCGACACAAGGCGACACGUCAGAUACCCUCGACAUGAUCUCCUGGCCACCCUCGGCAAGCAUGACCUUCGCAAUCUUGCCAUAUAUCCGAUCAGCCUACAACACUUUCUAUCAGCGAACCUGGGCCGAGCACGAGAAGAGAUGGCUCCGAGAGAUACAACCAAGAAGUGGUCAAACUGACACAGACCCCAAUGCUCAGUUAGCAGUCGAUGCAGAGCUGGAGGCUGCCGAAGAAGACGCCAACUUCGAAAUUCGAAUCGACGGGAAUAUCUGGGAAGACUGGGCGGGUGCUGAUGAUGCCGACGUCAUGUUUGAGGUCCAAGAGGGGGAAGCACACCCAUUCAAUGCACCGCCACUACCUGACCACGCUCCUCUCCCUGCUCAAGAUCAACAACAGGAUCAGAAUAUACCGCAGCCGCCGCAACCACCCCGCCCGCAACAGAAUCCUCCUCCGGUAGCAGCUCAGAACAGAGAAGAACGACUCUUGUCGUUCAGCACAAACUCUCUCGCCCAGACUGUCAUGUCCGCCCUUCUCUUCCCGACCAUAGCAUCUGUGUCCGGCGACCUGCUCGCACAAAUCCUGCCUCUCUCAUGGACGAGUGUGCCCUCAAGGACAGGCAUGUUUGGUAUGACGAGAGGAAAAGCUACAGGCUUACUACAAAACAAGUGGGGAAGGAGCGUGGUUGGAGGAUGUCUGUUUGUGGUUGCAAAGGAUGCGAUUAUGCUCUAUGUUAGGUGGAAGAUGGCAAAGCAGCAUCAAAGUCGGCACGUAGUCGAUUACGACAGGAAGAACAAGCGGUAG